AAAAAGAAAACUUCCUUAUUUGACAUUAACGUUUAUCUUUAUUUGGUAUAGUGAGACAAUGUGUCUGCAGUUUAUAUGUUGGUACACUUGUGGUGCGCUUCCUCAAAUUUCAUUUAAUUAAAAGUACGUAAAAAAAAUAGGUCAUUGACCCAAAAAGUUGUAUGAUUAAACAAUUACACUAUUUUUUAUAGUGAAGAAUUUAAAAUUAACAUAAUCUGGGAAAACUGACCUUAGGAUCAGCAAUGAAACCCCACUUUCCUCGAGGAUUUGACUUUUUCCUAGUCUGGAUUCUAUUACAUAAGACUGAUUCUUUACUUAAAACUGACAGACAAGGAUAUUAUUUGGAGCAGACCCUGUAUAACUGGACACAGGCGUCAGAGAGUUGUAACCUGGUCGUGUCCAAUAGGCCCCUCUUUCUUGGUCAAUCAAUCACAGACAUUCCAAUUCUUAAACCUACAGCCUCCAAACAAUCUAUAGGGCGUCAACCGAGUGAUCUUCAUUGGAUAGGAGCUACAGGAACAUUCACACCAUGGUUUGAAUUGCUGGGUAAUUAAAUGUUUAUUAAGGAUUUUCACAUUACUG